AUUAUACUCUUUUAAAAUCCUAUUUAUGUCUUUUUACGUUGUCUUAUUUUUCUUUUACAUCUUGUCUCAAUGGCCUUUUAUGUUUUAUGCAAAGUACUUUGAAUUACCAUGCUGUUAAAAGGUGCUAUACAAAUAAACACACCUUGCCUUGCAGUCAGACAUAAAGAUAAAGUCUGGUUGGGAUUGGUGGGUGUGUGCAUGAGUUCUCACAUUUUUGCUUCCAAGUUUCACAAAGUAAAGUAGUAAUACACAGGAGGACAUCUUGAUUAUGGAAUGUAAAGAAAUGUGGAUUCUGAGUAAGUUUAUUCACAGGACGUUAUAUCUUGGUGUGGCUGCUGCCCUCAUAGUCACUACCUUUACAACAUCAACAGAAAAAGAAGGCUACAGUACAUUGUCGAAUGAUAAAAACGAGUUUACGAGUCCCAAAAUGGCCUUUCAAGAUAAGCAUAACAUACAGUAUAAAAGAAUAGCUGCUUUCCUGACAGGAAGUUGAAAAACUGGCCUACUGAAUACAGUCUGCUGGAAUUUCCCUCCAAGGAAAUUGCCUCAAAUUACAUCCAUACAUUAGCGACAAUAUAAUGCAAUCCAACAAUUCAAUAAACUCCAGCCGCAAAAAUAUCUCAGGCUUGUUUACAAAUCACGGCACAGACUGAACAAUGUAACAUUCAGAAAGGAAGGAUGUAGUGGAUUUGCGUUAUACUUUGUGUUCUACUAAGUGCAAUAAGAGUAACGGGUGAAGAAAACAACGUUUAUAAUAUUGCUUGAUAUGUUUUUUUAAUAGUCACCAGCUGGAGUUCUCACUUUACUCACCUUUACUUUGAAUUUUGAUCUCUUCGUCACCGCUCAUGCCUCCCUGGAGCUCUGCCAACCUGUUGAUCAAAUCGAAUAACUUUUCACGCGCGCGGAGCUCUAAUGACGCAGCGCGCGAGGGGUGUGUGUGUGACACGAGCCUUCAUAUGUGUCUGACGAGCGACGGAAACUCUCAGAAGAGCAAGAAGUCAAGCGGACAGAACCGAAAAAGAGCAGAAAGGCCAGCCUGAAAGGGAGAUGAAGACCUUCCAGAGCCAAAGCCAGCCUGCGCAGCGCGCAGCCGCCAGCAGCCUGCACAGCCUCGGCAGCAGCGCCGUGAGUCCACUCAGCACGGCCGGCAUCACCGUCGCAGCCCUACUCAUCCUGACCAUCCCAGUCUGCAAAAGUGCUCCAGCAGAACUUCAGCAAGCCACAACAGAUCAGAGGAAGCUACUCAGCCAGAUAGAUGCUGUGUGCUCAUCCUACCUCUCUGCAGACCUGAAGUUUUGGGCAUCUGAUGUCUUAGGAGAACUCUGUGUCUUGACUCUGGUGCAGAAGUCAAAGGAGCUGAAAGUGCGAGAAAAUAGUAAAAGGACCCCUCUGUUGCACCCACUCCUGCAUUUAGUUUCUCAACUCUAUGCCAGAAGAGAGAGAGGACACUCAAUGCACGCUGAACUCCAGGGACCUGCGGGAAUCCAGAGCAGAGGUUACUUCCUCUAUCGGCCACGAAAUGGAAGACGAUCCUUAGAAUAUGAGUAAAUUAAAGAGUCUUCAGCUCUGAAGCCUAAUGUACAGAGACAACAAAGACCCUGAGACCCGAUCCGCUGCACCACGACUGAGUUAUCCAGACUUCAACCACAGCCCUCUGCCACUGCUGUAUAGUUAUGUCUGAAUGUACAAAAAUAAUAUGAUUAAAAUACUAUUAAUUUGUCCAGAUUUGAUUUGCCUCAUUUGCAUUAAAACAGCUAUAAUGUGGUCA